CAAUGGCGGGGUGCGGCGGGGACCGUCACCGGCUGCGGCCGCGGCCGCCGGCACACAGCAGCGUCCGGCGCGACCUGCCCGGCGCGCACAUCGAGUCUUUCAACUACGCCGUCAGCGAGGGAAUCUACCGCGCCGUACAGGAUCUCACCUCGGUGGAGUUCGCGCUGAAGGACACUCAGCUGAUGAUAGCGGUGGCGGGGGUGUCUGUCGCUCCCCCCUCCGUGCCGGCGGGGACGGUGUGCCAGGAGAGGAGGGUGUUUCCCGCAGAGUGCCGCGGCCUCCGCAGCACCUACCGCGGCCGCAUCACCGCUGACAUCAGCUGGUCAGUGAAUGGCGAGCCACAAGGGACUAUUAAACACCCCCUGGGGUAUAUUCCGAUUAUGGUGAAGUCCAAAUUGUGCAACCUCCAUAAUCUUUCUCCACAAGAGCUCAUACAGCACCAUGAGGAAGAAGAGGAAAUGGGAGGCUACUUUAUAAUUAAUGGCUUAGAAAAAGUUGUUAGGAUGCUGAUUAUGCCCAGGCGAAAUUUCCCUCUUGCAAUGACAAGGCACAAGUGGAAAAACAGAGGCCCUGGUUUCACAGAGUAUGGAGUAGUGAUGCACUGUGUGAAGGAUGAGCACACUGCAAUAAAUAUGAACCUGCACUACUUGGAAAAUGGUUGUGUCAUGGUGAACUUCAUUUUUCAGAAAGAGUUGUUCUUCCUUCCCUUGGGAUUUGCUCUGAAGGCGUUAGUUAAUUUCUCUGACUACCAGAUUUUUGAAGAGUUGAUCAAAGGAAAGGAAGGUGACACCUUUUACAUGAACUGUGUUACUGAGAUGAUGAGAGUAGUGGUGGAUGCAGGCUGUUUGACGCAGCAAAAUGUCCUUGAAUACCUGGGAAAGAGCUUCAGAGUAAAACUUAACCUUCCUGAGUGGUACAGCAACGAGCAGGCUGCAGAUUUCAUCUUGAACAAGUGCAUCUGCAUACACCUGACAAACAGAACUGAAAAGUUCUACCUGCUCUGUAUGAUGACCCGGAAGCUGUAUGCUUUUGCCAAAGGGGAGUGCAUGGAGGAUAAUCCAGACAGUCUGAUGAAUCAAGAAGUGCUUACCCCAGGACAACUUUUCCUUAUGUUCUUAAAGGAGAGGCUUGAAAGCUGGUUGCAAUCUGUUAAGUUCGUUUUGGAAAAAAGAGCAGAAAAGGCAGAUAUCAGCAUAAAUACAGACAGCUUGGUGAAGGCAUUCAGCCUGGCAACAGACUUUUCCAAACCAUUUGAAUAUCUUCUUGCAACUGGUAACCUGCGAUCUAAAACUGGCCUGGGUAUGCUGCAGGAUAGCGGGCUGUGCGUGGUAGGAGACAAGCUGAACUUCAUUCGCUACCUCUCGCACUUCCGCUGCAUACACAGAGGGGCAGCAUUCUCCCAGAUGAGAACUACGACUGUCAGGAAGUUGCUGCCUGAAUCCUGGGGGUUCCUGUGCCCUGUGGACACUCCAGAUGGAGAACCCUGUGGCUUGAUGAACCACAUGACAGCUGUGUGUGAAAUCGUGACGGAGAUGGUGCCCGUGAUAGACAUUCCACCUUUGUUGUGUUCCCUAGGUGUCACCCCCAUUGAUGGCACUCCGACCAAGCCUUACAUAGAGUGUUGCAGAGUGGUGCUGGAUGGCUCCGUGGUUGGCUGGGUAGAGUGGGAGCUGGCUCCUGAGAUAGCAGAAACUCUCCGCCGUUUCAAGAUAACACAAGAGAAGAGGUUUCCUGCUCGGGCAGAAGUGGUGCUCAUCCCCAUGACAGGAAAACCCAGUCUGUAUCCUGGUUUGUUUAUUUUCACUACCCCUUGCCGGAUGGUGCGGCCUGUCAGAAACCUCUUCUAUGGAAAGAAUGAGUGGAUUGGUACUCUGGAACAGGUCUUCAUGAACGUGGCCGCCCUGGAGUCAGAGGUGGUACCUGGAGUGACCACUCACCAGGAGCUCUUCCCUCACAGCAUUCUGAGUGUGGUGGCCAACCUCAUCCCCUUCUCUGACCACAACCAAAGUCCACGAAACAUGUACCAGUGCCAGAUGGGAAAGCAAACAAUGGGGUUCCCAGUGUAUAACUACAAGGACCGCUCAGAUAACAAGCUGUACCGCCUUCACACCCCGCAGAGCCCUCUGGUGCGGCCCAGCAUGUAUGACUAUUAUGGGAUGGACAGCUACCCAAUUGGCACCAACUCCAUUGUGGCUGUCAUCUCCUACAGCGGCUAUGACAUGGAAGACGCAAUGAUUGUGAACAAAUCUUCCUGGCAGAGAGGGUUUGCCUAUGGAAGCGUUAUCAAGAUGGAGAGCAUUGACCUUUCCCUUAAAGCCAGCAGGGCUGGUGACAAUUUAGUGUUUGGCGUCAGGCCUGGUGACCCAAAUGUUACAGAGAAGCUGGAUGCCGACGGGCUGCCUUUUGUUGGCUCAAUCCUACAGCCUGGGGACCCCUUCUACAGCUUCAUGAACCUCAACACAGGGGAGACCUUCACUGUGUACUACCCGAACAAGGAAGUUGGCAUUGUGGACAACGUCAGGUUAUGCAGCAAUGACCGUGGCACUGGGAAGUUCAAGAAGGCUUGCAUCACUGUGAGGGUUCCCCGAAACCCAACUGUGGGAGACAAAUUUGCCAGCCGGCACGGACAGAAAGGCAUCUUGAGCCAGCUCUGGCCAGUGGAGGAUAUGCCCUUCAUGGAGAACGGGAUGGUUCCAGACAUCCUCUUUAACCCUCACGGCUUUCCCUCCCGUAUGACCAUUGGGAUGUUGAUCGAGAGCAUGGCAGGGAAGUCGGCGGCACUGCACGGCAUCUCCUACGACGCCACUCCCUUCACCUUCACGGAGAAGAACUCGGCCCUCAAGUACUUCGGUGAGACUUUGGUGAGCGCAGGUUACAACUUCUUUGGGACGGAGAAGAUGUACAGUGGCAUCAGUGGGCUGGAGCUGGAGGCAGAGAUCUUUGUGGGAGUGGUGUACUAUCAGCGCCUGCGCCACAUGGUCUCGGACAAGUUCCAGGUGAGGACAACAGGGCCGCGGGACGCCGUCACCAACCAGCCCGUCAAGGGGAGGAACGUGGAAGGCGGAAUCCGCUUUGGGGAGAUGGAGCGUGACGCUCUGCUGGCUCACGGCACGUCCUUCCUGCUGCAAGACCGCCUCUUCAACUGCUCCGACGGCUCUGUAGCCUAUGUCUGCACGAGCUGUGGCAGCAUGACGUCUCCCAUGCUGGAGAAACCACCCCACUCCUCCUCUGUGAUGGGCAGUAGGCGCUACUCCUGCUCCGUCUGCAGCAUGGUGGACACCAUCGAGGUUGUCCCCGUGCCCCAUGUCUUCCGUUACUUUGUGGCAGAGCUGGCGGCGAUGAACAUCAAAACCAAGCUCAACGUGGAGUAGCUCUGUGCUGCUGCUGGGGGGCAGGAAGCAUGGGGCAGCCCCUGCCUUUGCUCCUGGCAGGUUUUGAAUGUUAAAUCGGUUCUCAGGUUCUUCACAUGUUUGGAAGAUUAAUUUGACGUUUGUGUUGAGACAGAGCGGUCGCCCAGCUGUAUGGUGCCAAAACGCAGCUCCAAGUUCAUUUGCCCUUCCUAAAGGAUCAGUAGCUAUCGUGAUGUGGCGUAUGGAAAUCAAGCAAUAUCCCUGCUCCCAGCAGGCCGCGGGAUUGAGAGUGGUUGGCAGUCCUUUGUCCUCCUGCAAAGAUGAAGAGGUCACAAAACAGCAUGAAGUGAAUGCUGGAAGUGAUGAAAAAGAGAGAUUUUUGGUUUUUUCUGAAGAGGAAAUCCUUGCACUACGUAUGCCUUAAUGAUGGAUACGUGUUAAAGUGAUCAGACAUGUUUUGGUUUGCUUUAUUUUAAUACUCAUGAAGAAAAAGAAAGCACAAAGUUCUACUGCAUGAAGCUACAGCCUUGACUGUAAGAGACCAAGCCUGUCCUGGGAGCAUCUCUCAUCACCAGGCCCAGCCCCUGUCAUGGUUUGGCUCUGCAGUGCUUUGGGUUUGGGGUUUUUUUGGGGUUGGUUUGGUUGGUUUUGGGCUUUUUUUUUUUUGGAAGAAAGCAGAGACUUUCCAGCCUGCCUCCGAGCCUGGAUCCUAGAGCCCUCCUGAGUGCUGUAAGGUGUGGACACUGUGGGCUGGGGGCUCUCUGCCUCCCCAGCAGCAGCAGUGGCCACUGCCGCGGUGGCUGCCGGCCCGCUCCCGCGCUCCCGUCUGUGCCUGUUCCCGCCCCCGACCGCCCCGGGCUGCUGCUUCACGCCUUCUGUUAAAGGUUCUUUUAUACGUUCUUAUAUCACCUGUGUCCAGAGUCGUGCUGGGGCCGGGGCUCAGGGCCCGGGGCGGCGCUCCCAGGGCUUGGCGGGCGGAGAGAGACGGGAGGCAGUAGGGCUGUCCCCCGUGGGCGAGGCGCGUGGCCGCCGCACUCCCGGCGGUUCCCGUCCGCUCCGCACCAGCUGCAGCACCUC